AUCAGAUACAUCAUUUCCACCCUGCAGACCGGCGUUAAUUUUGUCAUUGAAAAAAAAAGAAAAGAAAUUUGUUGUUAUUUGUGGAAAAAACGUAAUUUUCGCCCUGAGCCAACACCAUGGAGUCCGAAUUGGAUGUCAUUGAUUCACUCAAUGCCCUAUCCUACCAGGGAAAGUGUUUGCAAAACGAUGAGCUGACAAGGGCUCUUGAAGGAGGCACCAGAAGCCCUGAAUUUCGCGAGGUUGUCGCUUGGUUAGCUCAGGAGCUGCACGUUUUAAGAAAAACUGAUGAAUCGGUUAGCAAAGACUGUGAUGACCCCAGUGAAUUUGCCAUGGAACUUUCGGCUAUGUUAAAAGAGUUAAGUUGCCCCUACAGCUGUUUCGUUACUGGUGCUCUCUCCGAUCGUUUUGAGACCAAACAGGAUAGACUUCAAUUGCUGGACUACAUGAUUACCGAACUGAUGGCUACAAAAAUGAUGUUGAAGUUAAAACCCAUGGAUCAGGCCUAUGUAAUACCUAAAACGGAAACAAAUACAGCUAAAGCUUUAGAGCAAUUAACCAAGGACUUGGGACUGGGCAAGCCUCCAGAGAACAUAGCUCCCAAAGCGUUUUUUGACAAAUUAAAUUUUAAAGUUGAGGAAGUAUUGAGAGGCAUGAAACCAGGUGUGGUAAGUGAUCCACUGUUUAGGAAUACCCAAGCCUUGACCAAUGAGCAAUGGGCGCAGCUGGAGCAAAUCCAUGGUGAACUAGAUCAGGAGUAUAAUUUGAGGCGUCAAAUGUUGCUAACACGUUUAGAGGUGACCAUACAGAGUUUCCAGUGGUCCGACACAAUGAAGUCCAGAGAAAAGGAGAUUGCGGACAAAUUUCAAAAGAAACUUCAGGAAUUGGAGACUUAUAGAUAUGGAGGUAUUGAGACUGAUAUAGUGGCCUUGUUGGCAGCUCGUGCCGAUUUGGCCAUAAUUGAGAAGACAAGUUCAGCGAAUGUUCGAAAAAAUACUGGCUCCAAGAUACACAAACAUGUUAUUGGCAAGGUGCCGGAUAGAGGCGGCAGAGCCCAUGAACAUGCACCUCCACCACCGGAAAUGCCUUCAUGGCAGCAGCAGAGGUCAUCUGGUCCUCAGGGUGGUGGCGGCGGUGGCCGUGGAGGUGGUGGCAACUUCCGUGGCGGUCGGGGUGGAGGUGGCGGCGGAGGUGGUGGUGGUGGUAGUGGCGGUGGCGGCGGCCAUUGGCAACAAUAUUCUGCUCAACCUCAAACGCAAAGGCAACCCUAUCAGUCGCAAAAUCAACACCAGAAUUAUCAGUCUCAACCGCAACAGCAACAACAAAAUUGGAUUCAGGGCAGUGGUCGUGUCCAGGGUACUGGCUGGUCUCAGGGCGGUGAUCGCAAUGACAGAGGAGAUCGAGGUGAUAACUAUCAUGGUAGGAGUGAUAAUUAUCAUAGAGGCGGCGGCGGUGGUGGAGGCGGUAAUAGAGGCCAUUCGAACUACAACCGUGGCGGACGACGUUAAUUAACGAAUGCAUUUGAAAUGAUACAUAAUCUCGAUACGGAAUUUCGCGUAAACUGAAAUGAUAAUGAUGAAGAAUUUAUGCAUUAAAUAAAACUUAACAAAAUUGCAAUAGAAAAUAA